CUAAGUGGGCAAAAGAGGCAUUCGUUCCGUUGCCUUUUGCGUCAACUGUGUUAGAGAGAGUGAGAUCCGUUAUCUUCACCGACGACAUCGUUUUGACUUGGGAAACAAAAACCCUGGCGGGAACUAAAAUAUUACUAUCUGUGAAAAAAAAUAUAAACCCUACUCUCUCUCUCUCACACACACAAACACACACUCUCGCAACUAUGCCGUCGUUCCCUCAGCCGGGCACCGUCACCAUUUGCGAAAUCAACCGCGAAUUCGUGACGUCAGAUCACCUCAGCGAUGAUCAGGCCAAGGAGACAUACGCUAAAAUUCUCGGAACUGUUUUUAGUCCCAUCCCGUUCGAACCAGACAACCUAUUAGGCACGGUAACCGAACAGGAAGAGAAUUCACGAAAGAAAGGCGUCUUAUCAGCGGCAUUGCAGGCUGUGCUGAGUGGCUCUCUCAGACCCCUUUUCCAGCCUGCUGACGUAAAAUUAUUACAGGAUGUCGAUCUUCAUAGUGUAAGUUGGCACCAGCACAAACACAUUCUAGCCUUCAUCUCUGGACCCCAUCAUGUGACAAUCUCUGACUACAGUGAUUCUGAUGGAAAGCCUCCUUGUGUCUUGUCCCACGAGUCCCAGAAAGAUGUAAAAGUUCUUGAGUGGAGACCAAAUGGAGGGAAAACCCUUUCUGUGGCAUGCAGGGGCGGCAUUUGCAUCUGGGCUGCUUCAUAUCCUGGUAAUGUUCCAUCUGUGAGAUCAGGGAUCACUUCAAGCACACUUUCAAGAGGCUUGAGUAAAUGGACUCUGGUGGAUUUCCUUCAAAGUCUCGAUUCUGAACAAAUCAGUGCACUUUCAUGGAGUCCUGAUGGAAGAUAUUUAGCAUCAGCUUCAUUUGAGAGUUCAUCUUUCACCAUUUGGGAUGUUUCACAAGGGCUAGGCACCCCUAUACGAAGGGGUUUAGGAGGCAUAUCGCUGUUGAAGUGGUCUCCCACAGGAAAUUAUUUCUUUGCUGCAAAAUUUGAUGGAACAUUUUAUCUGUGGGAGACGAACACUUGGACAUCAGAAACAUGGUCCUCGAAAAAUGAAUUUGUCACGGGAGCAACAUGGGAUCCCGAUGGCCGUAUGAUACUUCUUUCUUUUUCCGAAUCUUCAGCAUUAGGUUCUAUUCACUUUGCGUCAAAACCUCCAUCACUAGAUGCACACCUUAUACCAGUAGAGUUGCCAGAGAUUAAAUCAUUGACUGACAGCCAAGUUAUCGAGAAGAUAGCAUGGGAUGCUUCAGGAGAGAGAUUGGCAGUAUCAUAUAAAGAUGGAGAUGAAUUAUACAAAGGGCUCGUAGCCAUAUUUGAUGUUAAAAGAACUCCUUUAGUCUCAACAUCUUUGAUUGGAUUCAUCCGAGGUCCUGGAGACAACCCGAAGCCAGUAGCAUUUUCAUUCCAUGACAAGUUCAAGCAAGGACCAUUGCUUUCUGUGUGUUGGAGCAGUGGAUUUUGCUGCACCUACCCUCUUAUAUUUCGAUGAAAUAUUCUACCGUAGUUGAGUUUAUUUUGGUUUAUCAUAAUUAUAUCUAGGGAUCAAUUAAAGAAACUCAAAAUGCAGAUGAGCAGAGUAAUGUGACAAUUCCUACAGUUUUCAGGUUAUGCGGAGAUUUAUGUUAUGAAAAUUGAUUGUAUAUUGAUAAGUAUUCUCUUUUUGCUGAUGCGUUGAAUCAACUGAUUUUCCGGCUUCUUUUUGGAGUUACCAGAAACCCUGCCAAGCGUAUUCGUUUUAUGGUAAAAGAAAAUGAAUUCAAAAUUUCGUAAAAAGCACUGGUAAAUUGAAUGUAAUACUUUGUUCGCGGUUUUCAUAGCAUUAGCAUUCGCCUUUGCGAUUACUUUAUAUUUAUAUGAAACUGCUAAUCAUUUAUUUUAUGUUACCUAUCAGGC